CUUAACUUGAAGAACAACUUAUUUAAUUACUCAAAACUCAUUUUGAGUUUUAACCGAACAAUACAGAAUAUUCUGAAAAGAGUUUUGUGCAUACUCUAUCAGUAAAGCACCUAGAAAAGCAUCCACUCUACAUUGUUGAACCGUAUCUUGUGUUUGAGCUCAAAGUUUUUGGAGAAUUCAACAGUGAUAUAGAGAACAGAGAGAGAGAGAGAGAGAGAGAGAGGAAGAUGCAGGCCAUGUGGGUAUCUUUGAAAGAGAAUGUGAAGUGUAGAACUAAACUGAAUGAUGUGGUUAAAAGGCAACAAAAAUGCAGCAAGACAAGGAGUCGCAGUAGGUUUGGAAAAGAGAACUGGCAGUACAAUCAGCUACAUGAAAUGAGAAAUCCUAUACCUGUACCUGAACCUGUACCUGAAGUUCUUUUCAAGUUGAACUAUCCAAGAACUCAGUUUUACAAUAUCAACAUUGGAGAUCUAUCAAGAAACAUUAUUGAGACCAUCUUCCUGAAAGCACUAAUGGAUCCUUCAAAGCCAUUAAGGAAAAUCGAAACGGUGCUCAAAGUGAAACACCGGGUCGAAACUCUUGAAAGGUUUGAGAAGUAUAGAGAGAAGGUAAAGAAGAAAGCUUAUGUGCAGUACACAGGACAUCCAAGAAGCACGGUAGAUGGAAACGAGCUGUUACGAUUCUAUGGCACAGUGAUUACCUGCAGUGAAAGGUUAACACGAGUCUCUGAUCUUUGCAAAGAUCCUUUCUGCCGUGUAUGCAGAAUCAUUCAGUAUAACUUUGAUACAGAAUACCUCAAGAAGAAUGGGAUCCGAAUGAGUUCAAGUAGUGAGGAAUUGUGUGACAUUAAUAUGAUUGCCUUGACAAAGUUGAAGAAUAUCAAAAGGGCUGUCAUAGUUUGCAGGACAAUUGCUGGGAGAGUUGCUAAUGAGGCUGAUAAAAUACCUGAAAAGUGUGAUUCAUUCAGAAGUAGAGGACUGGAUUCCAACUCUGACAAUUUGAUUGUUACCAAUGCCUGUGCUGUACUUCCCUGCUUUGUCGUAGUCUUUACUUGACUGUAGCUUUAGUUUUUGUAGUGUUUUUAGAAAGUGUUUUUUCUGUUUAGA